CAGCGAAACGAAGUCAUUGUGAAAAUUUCUCUCGUCCGAAUUUGUUCGUCUCGUAUUGAAAGUGACAAUUUGUGAAGAGUAAUCUUAUUCCGUGUUUAACGUUCAAAAAAAGAAGAAAGCUAAGAAAAGAUGGCUCGUACUAAGCAGACUGCCCGUAAGUCGACCGGAGGAAAGGCUCCUCGUAAGCAGCUGGCCACCAAGGCUGCCCGUAAAUCGGCGCCAUCCACCGGCGGAGUGAAGAAGCCCCAUCGUUAUCGUCCCGGAACUGUGGCUCUUCGUGAGAUCCGUCGUUACCAGAAGUCGACCGAGUUGCUCAUCCGCAAGCUGCCCUUCCAGCGUCUGGUUCGUGAAAUCGCUCAGGAUUUCAAGACCGAUCUGCGUUUCCAGUCGGCUGCCAUCGGUGCCUUGCAGGAAGCAUCUGAGGCGUACCUUGUGGGUCUCUUCGAGGACACCAACUUGUGCGCUAUCCACGCCAAGCGCGUGACAAUCAUGCCCAAGGACAUCCAGUUGGCGCGCCGCAUCCGUGGCGAGCGUGCUUAAGCUGGAUCAGCAGGAACGCCGGAUUCGAUCACUGUCGUCCAGUCCCAGACAGCAGACCAUUCACGUAACAUUGUGGAAGAUGUGCUCGCCGAGGAGCUAUACCAUCGACACAUUGAUCCAAUCUAUCAUUCAUAUUUACAUGUAUACAUUUAUCAUCCCUUUGUUGUUCAAUCGAAUCGACAGCAUGACGUUCUCGAUGAGAAAAACACCACACACAAAACAACACACAACAUUACUGUAAUGCUUAAAACUUAUUUCUAACUCUUAUUAUUACUAUUAUCAAUUAGUUUUUAAGUUUUUUUUCUCGCCUGUGCGUCGACGGUGGCACCGUGUACGUUGCGUCGUGCUCCUUCUCCUUCAAAUCUGGAUCCACCUCUUCGAUUUGGAAGGAGGGAAUACCACCGGGCGGCUGUUGUUGCCUGUCCGCCUGCAACAUCCGCCACCAACCACUCCAACAACUGUCCAGCUGGCGGGCUUCGGUUUCCAGGUAAUCCGUGAUCUUUAAGGCGCCUGCCUCGCCUUUAUCGCUUCGAUUGAGGAGAGGUUCACCGUCUGGCUGCCGGGAUGUGCGGAGCCUGAAGAUCGGGGCCAACCUAACGCCGGCUGGGCGUGGCAAGGCGGACAGACGGUUGCGGACCGCCUGGCGGUGGUUCCCGGAUCUCUGGAUGGGCGGCGAGGGCAUGGCCGUCUGGCGAUGCCACUGACGGCACGCGGCUUUUAUGAAGAUAAUAUCCAUAUAUAACACCGAAGACCGAAUCGAGUACACUUAACUUUACACUUACGUAUAUGCAUAUAUAUACAUAAAUACAUACAUAUAUAUAAAUAUAAAACUAUACGGAAGGAAAAGAACUAGAUAUAAAUGCUCUUUCUUCUGUUCACUUUUCGUUACUGCAAAUCAUAAUCAGAGCAUUAUAUAUAUAUAUAUAUAUAUAGAAGUUAUAUAUAUAUAUGUAUGUAUACAUAUAACGAAGGGAUGGGCGUGACAGAGUUAGUUGAUUAAAUAAGAUUUUAGAUUUACAUGCAUUUUAUACGUUUAGGCGGACGAUGUCGAAGUAGAAGAAUGAUGAUUCUUCGGGAGAUGAGAAAAGAUAUAAAGAUGAUUCAGCAAUCAGAUAAACUUACACAUCUAUAGAUUUGGAAGAGCAUCGAAUAAAAAUAACCAAGACAAAAAUCACAUAACAAUACAAAAUAAAAGCAAAAGCGCCGAGCAGAGCAUUGAAUAUUUCCCAAUA